CCAGCGACCGCGCGCACAUCAUAGCGCACAUCUGCCUGGAUGUUUACGUAAUGCAUGUCUCUCUUCCAGCUUCGGGUCAAAGAGACGACAUCCGUUGGUAUGUUCACAACAUCUGCAAUUUUUGUAGCAUUUACUCAAUGCUACCGUACGUAAAUACGCACAGCGUUUCGGUGCUGUCCCUUUAACCCGAAAACUGGACUCUGUCACGCUCGAUCGUCACAUCAAGUACGAAUUAAGACUGCGUGGACGCCGCUGGUCACUCUACUGGGCGCGCGUCUCUGUGCACUCGACCUUACACGAUGAGCGGCGAGGGUGCGCUGGCGUUUACGGCACCGUUUCGGUCGCCUGGCCCCUUGAAGAUGCGCUGGAUGUAGAAGUAGAGCCAUGAAUGCAUGCGUGAGAGAGUGUGUAUGAGUGUAGUGAGAGUGUGUGAUUGAACAGGAUGGGGAAAGAACAGGAACUCUUACAAGCGGUGAAGACGGAGGACCUGGUUACCGUCCAGCGGCUCCUGCAGAGACAGAAACAGGGCAAAGCGAAGCUUCUGGGGGCUGCUAAGAAGGUGAAUGUUAACUUCCAGGACACAGACGGGUUAUCUGCCCUGCAUCAUGCUGCUCUUAAUGGUAACGUUGAGCUCAUCGCACUGUUGCUGGAGUCACAAGCUGUUAUUGACCUCAAAGACCUGAAAGGGAUGCGGCCAUUACACUAUGCUGCUUGGCAGGGCAAGUGUGAGCCAAUGAAAAUGCUGCUCAAGUCGGGAUCAUCAGUCAACAGCCAGUCAGAUGAGGGACAAAUCCCUUUACACCUCUCGUCACAACACGGCCAUUAUGAAGGAAGUGAGAUGCUGCUCCAACAUCAGUCAAACCCAUGCCUCAGAGACAAUGCUUGGAAAACCCCUCUAGACUUGGCCUGUGAAUUUGGACGAGUCACGGUGGUGCAGUUGCUCCUCAGCAGUAACAUGUGUGCUGCUAUGUUAGAACCGAAACCCUCUGAUCCCAAUGGCAUCAGCCCGCUCCACUUAGCUGCCAAGAAUGGACAUAUCGAGAUCAUCAAGUUGCUGAUCCAGGCUGGUAUAGAUAUAAACAGACAGACUAAAUCGGGCACAGCGCUGCAUGAAGCUGCUCUCUGUGGGAAAACAGAGGCAGUGCGACUGCUGCUGGAUAGUGGUAUCAGUGCAGGGGUGAGGAACACAUACUGUCAGACAGCACUGGACAUUGUGAAUCAGUUCACCACGACCCAAGCCAGCAAGGAAAUAAAACAGAUGCUGAGAGAUGCAUCGGCUGCCAUGCAAGUGAGGGCUCUUAAGGAUUAUUGCAACAAUUAUGACCUUACAAGCCUCAACAUUAAAGCAGGCGAUAUCAUCAUGGUCUUGGAGCAGCAUUCUGAUGGCCGAUGGAAGGGCUGUAUCCAUGACAACCGUACAGGAAAUGACCGUGUGGGGUAUUUUCCGUCUAACAUGGUAGAAGUCAUCAAAAGGGCAGGCUCAAGAGGAUCUGUUUCCAGCCCUCUUGAUUCUCCGACCUUCAGCGGCCAGCAGAGCGGUGCUAACGAAGAGAUUUGGGUGCUGAGGAAACCUUUAGCAGCAGGGGGCAGUGUCGGCAGCAUGGGCAGCACAGGCAGUUUAAACAGUGGACGUUCUUCUACUAGCAUUCAAAGCAGUAAUGCCAAUGCUCACCUCGCCAACUCACCUGUGCCUGUGCCGACCACCCCGACACACUCACCUGGGAUUAACACACAUAGCCACAAUGUACCGGGACUGCACGCUCAGGCCGAGGGCGUGAAGCUGUUGGCCACGGUGCUGUCCCAAUCAGCCAAAGCAAAAGAACAUCUUAUGGACCAAUCACAAUCUUUAGAUCCUAUUUCAGGCUCUGCUCAGCACACUCAGAAUGCAUCUGUUGUCCCACAUCAGCAGAGGAAAAAGCCCUUUGUGGAUCCUUUGCUACAGAGGAAAGAUGAAGCUUCAGCUGAAACCAAGACCACAGAGGCUGUUGUUGAAUGGCUCACUAGUGCUCAGCUGCAGUUCUACUCAACAAACUUUCUCACUGCUGGUUAUGACCCGCAAACCAUAAGCAGAAUAACACCAGAGGACCUUACUGCAAUUGGAGUGAUAAAGCCAGGGCACCGGAAGAAAAUGUUAUCAGAAAUCAGCAAAAUGAACAUCCCAGAAUGGAUACCUCAAGAGAAGCCUGCCAGUUUGGCAGAAUGGCUGUCAGCGAUUGGUCUGAAUCAAUACUACCAGACUCUGGUUCAGAACGGCUACGAUAAUAUGGACUUUAUUAGUGAUAUUACCUUGGAGGACCUAAAGGAGAUUGGCAUCACUAAACUAGGACACCAGAAGAAGUUAAUGUUAGCUGUCGGACGACUGAGUGAACCUCCUCCAGAAGCAGACAUUCUAAGCAAGGAGAGCCAAUUUGAAGAGAGCACAGACUCAAAACAAUCAUUAGCAACUAGUGUGACCUGCACAGAACCAGAUACAAACUCUGUCCCCUCUGUUCAAAUACGCAAAAGAUUGGAGGGGCGUGGCUCACCCCAGCACAGUGCCCAAGGGGGUGGCAUACAAAGAGCCAAUGCCCCUCCCCCUCUGAAAAAGCCAAGCUCAAUUGACAGCCCCACCCAAACACCUCCUCAUACCCCUACAAAAGGCAGAAUCUCCUCUUCUGCCUCAAGUUCUCCUUCACACACCCCUUCCUCCCCACUGAAAAUGCAGAGCAGGGCCAGAGGGCCAUGCAACUCACACACUUACACCCAUUCCGUCCCAUUACUUUGCCUACCGCCUGAAGGAGAAACCGAAAACGGCAACAGUCGAAUUCUGACACAGCCAAGGCAUGGACAACCCAUCAAUGCUGAUCACGAGUUACCCUUGCCAGAUUCCUCGGUGAAAUAUGCCACACUAGGUGGACAUAGAGUUACUCCCAGUAGCUCUGCAAAAACCACUGGAGAAAACCUUGACAUCAACAGUGUCAAUCACAGUCAGACCUUUGCUACAGCUCGGCCUCGUAGGAGGACUCGUCCACCAACUCCGCCCAAACGUUCCUGCUCUUCCAUAUCCACGGGUAAUCUGGCUGACGAGGCUGCAGCGGAUGAUUUAGGGUCAAGUGAAAACAGGGCUAACAGAUUGCUACUCAAUGUGACAUACAGGGAGCGAAGGCGAAGCGACUGUGGCAUUGCCGCUGAAAAAACCUCAUCGGGGGGCAGCGUUAGAGACAUUGCAGCCAUGCUUGAAAUGUCCAAUCUUGGGAGCAGUGGUAAAGGAAGUGGCAGUGGUUAUUUGCAGGCGAACAAAAUCCUCUUGCAGCAGAACCGUGACGUUUUGAGUUCACACUGCACAAUCAGCGGACCAGUAUCAGGAUUUUCUGCAGACGCUGAGAUUCCACCGCAUCAUGGGACAGCACCUCGUGAAACACCCUCAAUUAAACAGGCCCCCGAGCCACGGCCACGUUCCAUGGUCAGUCAUCUCGAUGGGGGCAUUGCUUCUCUGCCACAGGUGGAGUGGUCCCGGAUGGAUGCCACAGCAACUUUGAGAAGACCACGCCCACCACAUCACUCUGACGGUGAAAAUUUUAACCUGACAGAAAGCGGUACGAUAAAGCGAAGGCCCAAAGCAUUAGCUCCACCGCAGAGUAAUGGAACAGAUGGAGGUGCGCCAGAGAAUGCUUGGAGAAGGCCUGUCUCAGAAGCUUGUGUUGGUGACGGUGGUAGAGAACAACCUGAUGGUUUUGGCUCUUUUCCCAGACAAAUGCUGAAACCUCCAGUUUCACCCAAACCAGCAAUGGCCCUUCGAAAACCAGACCCCCCAACUCCUACAAGAAGGGUUCCCUUACCAGGACCAGAAGGUCAACAUAGCCCAGUGGAGGAUAAAAAAAUACCUCCUCCAGUAUCUCCCAAGCCAAGUCCGCCUCCCACACUGCCUAAACCAGUAAAAAUCAAGCCGAUCCUUACCAUCGGAACUCCCAGCUCCCCUGAAGCAGAUGCUCUCAGCCCAUCCAGUGUCUCCUUCAGCCCUGCUCGAACUGAACUCCAAGUGGAGUAUCCACCACAGACUUUGAGUCCAGUUACCCCAAAACCACAAGAAGGGAACACACUUUCCCUACGAGCAGCAACUUCUCCAGCCCAGAGCCCUCAGACGCCCCAGACCCCACAAACACCCUCUACACCAGGGUCAGGCUCAGCUCCAGUGAAGCCCCCAAGAUCAUCCAUGGCUAGUCUCUCAGUGGACAUCCCAGGUCCUCUUGAAGUUGAGCUUCCUGGAGUGGAGGUUGUACAAAAGAGACUGAGAGAAGUAGAGAAGCAGAGAGAGGAAGAGGAAAUUAGGAAUCAAGACAAGAUGGACAAGACGGGUCUGAUCCAGGUGGAUCCAGCGUUUGAAGGAGAACAAGAUGUGAUUUCAGGGUUCUCACGAGGAAGUCAUGUCACAGAGAUAGGGGAGGGGGUGGGGCCCAUGGUUAUGAGGAGGAGGAAGGUAGGUGUGGCCAGGCAAACACAAGUAGAGGGUGAACCACAAGAUGGAGAUGGAAAGACAGAGUUGGAAAGCCAAGGGUUAUUGAAGAUUGCUGAAACAUGGGGCAGUGCUUCAGUGGACGUGGCACAGCUCAGACUGGAGGAGACCAGUGCCUCCCUGGCUGCUGCUCUGGAAGUAGUGGAAGAGAAGAUUAAAAAGGAGGACAGCUCUACUGUGGACAAAAAGAGCACAGUCAGUAUCCUGGAUGACAUUGGCAGCAUGUUCGAUGAUCUAGCUGACCAGUUAGAGGCCAUGUUAGAUUAAAAAUCACAUGAUAAAUCAGAGAUUCCAUGGGGAUUGGAAAGAAUUAAAGCUUCAAGUUUCUCAGCGAGGAUCAGCAAAAACUACUUAACUGGAUGAUUACUCCACCUCGGCAAGAACUAAAGUGUGGUUUGAAUGCUGGCAACGGAACAUAAAAAAUGUCAAAUUAAAGCAUGGAUAUCUAAAUGCGGAUGUUUUAAAGCCAGAGAUCUAAAUUUUAAUGAAAAUCUCUCAUAGUACUGGAACCCCCUUCAUUCUCCACCAGCCUUCCAUUUUACUCUAGUGGCCAGAAUAGGUACUGCUGGUAUAUAUUGCUGGUAAAUAUCCAAACCUGCAGAUAUGGACUGCUACCAUGCUGCUUCCGGAAAUAAGCACAAUUUUAAGGGAGACUGUAUGACAAGCUUUCUAAAUGUAAUUUAAGAAGAUAAAUGCUAAUAUGUGUGAAUGUGCGUAUAUGUAUGUACCAAAUGUGGUGUGGGAGUUGAAUAUUGAUUAACAUGAUAAAUAUUACUUUUGAUGGUUCUGCUAAAAGCACUGAAAUCAUGUGUUCGUUUAUGAUGUUAGGAAGCUUAAAGAUGUUUUUAUUAUUUUUGGAGCUGGAGUCUAAAUGUAAAGGGGAACUUUACAUUUUAUCUUAUGGUCUUCAGCUGGACAAGUUACUGAAAAACAUGUUAUUUUGGACUGAAUAAAUAUAAAGAGCAAAACCCCAUUUACAGUAUGACCCUGAAAAUAUUCUGACCUUUUUGGACCCUUGAAAUAUAAUGAAGAAAAGCUUUGAACUUAAGGAGGUAUAUUGUAAUCUUUAUGUACGUUAUUACUGUUGUUGUGGUCAGUGUGUGUGUGUGUGUGUGUGUGUGAGAGAGAGAGAGCGAGAGAGAGAGAGAGAGAGAGAGAGAGAGAGAGAAUGUUUGACUGUGUAGUGUAGUUUUAUGAUGCUGGAAAGAUUAGUGUUUAUGACAUAUACAGUAGGUUAUAGUUAUCAUUGAUAGAGUAGAGUAUGGAAUGCUACAGACACCUGCUCAUUACCAAACAAUGUGUUCUAAUAGUCAUGGUGUGUGCAUGUGUGUGUGAUCUGUUCUGGAGACAGUAUGUUUGUCUUCUCUUACAAAAAUGUACCAUGUUAUUACCAUGUUUUUAUGAACAUGGUACUGUGGUAAUACCAUGGUUUUUAUAGCGUAGAGUACCAUGUAAAUUCCAUGGUAAUCAAACAGUACCAUGUUUUAUAUCAAAGAUACCAUGGUACCACCACAAUACUUUUUGUAAGGGCUGAGUGUGUGUUGACCUAUUGGACAGAGCAAUUAUUCCAGUAAUUGCAAACUAAAAAAAGACUACUUACAGAAGUUGCAUAUUCUAUAAGUGGCUAUAAUUUGAUCAUUUAAGAUUGUCAUAGCAAGAUGUGUAAGACUACAAAGCAAUAUUUUUUAUCCAUGCACCAUGUUAUUUAUUUAGCUUAAUAAGUGAUACUUUAAAACCAGCCAUCUGGAAUACAGCAGAAGAGAAAAUUUCUGACAAUCAUGACUAUGUUGUCUUUGAUUCUGACCCUGCAAAGUCAAUGGAAUACGUUUUGGAGUAUAAACUCUUUUACAGUGUAAAAAAAAAAAAAAAAAAAAAAAAAAAAAACUGUAAUAAUCCAGUUGUUAUUUUGUGUGAACCAUCAGCUGGCUAAUGUCUGACCCUGCUGAAAUAAUCAAAGACCUCUUCCAUGUAAAGAGCAUUGAGAAUAUGUGGAAUUAAUAUAAAUAAAUUGUUAUGAAUACAA